UCGUAGCUCACCGAUAAUAGCCGAAGUGCCGUAAGGUGCCGCUCGGCUUACGAGAGCGAGACAGAGGAGGCCGUGCGAACGCCAUGGUGUGUGACUGACAACGUCACUGUCGUCGCCGUCGCUACUGUUAAAUUCCGUGUCGCGAGUGCAACGAGACGUCCAACGAGCCACGUUUUUCGAGGUGACGAACGUGUGCGACGCGCGAACCGCGAUUCCGCCUGAUCACUCGAGGCGAACCACAGAUGAGAAAACGAGAAAGAGAGAGAGAGAGAGAAAGAAAGAAGAGUCGAGAUAGAGAUAGAGAGAGAGAGAGAGAGAGAAAGAGAGAGAAGUAAAGCGAGGGACGCGGCGCCGCAUCGCCUUUUUUAAAAGGCUCGUGUGUCUCCGUCCGCGAACCACCGCUGCUACUCCGCGCGGCGCGGUGCAGUGUGUACACAUACGAGGCCGCGUGCGCGCGCGCUCGCGUGUGUCGUGACUCGUGAGUGUGCGCCUCUGUGUUACGCUUCUGUGUACGAAGAGGAGAGUGCGUUACGGAUCCUACGAGGUGAGCUUUUUAGUACAAGUACUGUCGGACGAGCGAGCGUGAGUGUGGUCGACGCGCGCGUGCCGGUAUCUAGGAUUUCGCUCGUGUCAUCGUUCGUAGUGUUGUCGCCGUUAUCGUCCUCGUCGUCGUGGUCGUUACCGUCGUAGCCGCCGUCAUCGUUCUCGUCUCCUCGUGUCCGAGUGUCGCAGUUAACGACCCGAAGCCGCGGCGGCUCGCGGUGGCCCGUUGUGAAAGAGUGCGCCAUGCAAGAGAGGAAUAAAUCGGUGACUGGCGGGCGGCGGCCAUCUUCCAGAUGAGUUUUUCCUCCUUUCUUCCGAUAAACGGAGGGCGCUAUGUCGUGAGAGAGAAGGACGGAGAAGGCAACAGACCAUAAGAGAUACUUUCCUUGAAUCCUCACGAGGGAAAAGAGGAAGGAGGAGGAGGAGUGCGAGAGGAAAGAUUAUAUCCGCGUCUGUCAUGCGACGGGAGAUGCGGUGAACGGCGCGUGCUGUUCAGUGGAGUCACGAAAUUUCACGAGCGCGUGUCACCGCUUCGACCAGCCUUCGCUCGUGAGUGUGAGCAAGAAAAACAAUUGUGCGUGCGAAAGAGACAGGAGCGUAUUAGGAAGUGCGCGUCGUCCACGCGUGCAAGCGAGAGAGGAGAGGGAGCGAGAGAGACAUCGGCACGAUCGGCACGAAGCGAACCAGAGCGGAAGACAGAGAAAGAGAGACACACAUACCGUGUGCGGGGGAAGAAAACGGAAGCGGUGCGAAGUGAAACGAACACGGAGAGGCGACCCCCUAUCGUCGCGCGUUCGUUCGUAAUCGCGUCGUUUUCGCGAGCGUGAGAGACCGCUGGCGGAAGGGAAAGAAGGGGAAGAAAGGAGUGAAGAAGAAAAAGAAGAAAGAAAAGGAGUAAAAAGAAGAUCCUCAGGUUCGUCGCCGGGAACUCGGAGCCGAAGUGCCGCGAGUGCGAAAACCUAUGGAUGCUCUCGCGGGUGGAACCCACCCGGUACAUCGCGAUCGAGAGAGUGUAGUGUGAGAUCAAUAAUGAGACAGGUGCUCUCAUUGGUGUAAAGCGAUGCGGCGGAGCUGAGAGUUUUGUUGGGCGGCACUAGGGGCUCAUGAAAAGUGCAUCCGGUGUGCAUAACGCCGCCGUCAAAGACCAGCGUGCCGCGAGACGUUCGAGCGAGUUGGAUCGGUGUAAUUAUAAUGUAGUGCCAACUUUGCAGAUGGAUAAACAGGGAUGACUGAUAAUUGCUGGAACUCUGGUGGUGGCGCUGGCGUCAAGAUGGAGCACUUUCAGGCCACCCUGGACCCAAGGAAGCAGGAGUUAUUGGAGGCUCGCUUUCUCGGAGCGAGGAUGUCUGCUGGGUCACAAAUUCAGAUGGCACCCCAGGCAACCGUAAACUCUGGUCAGACGGUUCAUAGUCAAGACUCGAACAUGAGCACUGGCUCAUCGCAUAGUGAUAAGGAGGUGGAUGCAAACACUCCAGAAAAAGUACCAAGGACUACUUCUGAAAGGAAGAGGAAACGUAAAGCUGAUGACGGAGGCGGGGGUGUUCCAGGUGGUUCUGUGGCGAGUAAAGGCGCUAGAUCAGUUGCUGCUCUCGAUAAUAAGAAAAUCAACGAGUAUUUUCCAAAGCAUCAUCUGGGCAAUAGUCCUAUUCGGCACGGUGGAGCCAAAAGCCCAUCUCCUCAGCAAGGUUAUCCUAUGUAUCCACCAUCACCUCAACAGUUACUUUCACCACAAGUAACGACACCUAAUUCCUCAGUGGCGGAGUUCUCUUCGUUGAUGCAACCACCAAGACCUCAUCCUCAACCUCCACCACCUCCACCGCCAACCCCUACACAACCUGCAGGCUCGAUGGUCAGCAAGCAGGUGCAGGUAAGGCCUACGAACCUCAAUAGGACAAGCCAGGUCAGGCAAGCGAAGACUAACACCCCAAAUACAGAACUUACUUGCCAGAGGAUACAGGAAUUUGAAACUCAAGCCUCUUCGGAUUUAGAACUACGUAACAACAAAAUUGACGAAUUAAAUAGGACAACGGACGAACUUAGGCAUCAAAUGGCUAAUCAACAGAAAGUGAUCGAGCAGCACAAAUCACAUAUAAAUAAGUGUAUAGACGUUGUAAAGAAGUUAUUAAAAGAAAAAUCAAACAUAGAAAAAAAGGAGGCUAGGCAAAAGUGUAUGCAAAAUAGACUAAGGUUGGGCCAGUUCGUGACGCAGAGGGUGGGCGCGACCUUUCAGGAGAACUGGACCGACGGUUACGCAUUUCAUGAGCUUGCACGACGGCAAGAGGAGAUAGCGACUGAACGGGAGGAGAUCGACAAGCAGAAGAAGUUGCUACUCAAGAAGAGGCCGUCGAACAGCGAGACCGGUAGGAAGCGUAGCCAACCGCAACCCUCCUUACACAACGGCACCGAGGCGACGUUUUUAAAGCCAGAUGCAGUACCUGGAUCGUAUACAUGGCAGGAGUAUUAUGAAGCUGACGAAAUACUCAAGUUAAGGCAAAGUGCGUUAAAGAAGGAAGAUGCGGAUCUACAACUAGAAAUGGAGAAACUCGAGAGGGAACGGAAUUUACACAUCAGAGAGUUGAAGCGCAUUCACAACGAGGACCAAUCGAGAUUCAACUCCCAUCCUGUUUUAAACGAACGUUACCUCUUAUUAAUGUUAUUGGGAAAAGGCGGUUUUAGUGAAGUGCAUAAGGCAUUUGACUUAAAGGAGCAGCGGUAUGUGGCUUGCAAGGUACAUCAAUUAAAUAAAGACUGGAAAGAAGACAAGAAAGCUAAUUAUAUAAAGCAUGCAUUGCGAGAAUAUAACAUACAUAAAUCGCUGGAUCAUCCUCGGGUCGUAAAAUUGUACGAUGUAUUUGAAAUUGAUGCCAAUUCCUUUUGUACCGUUCUGGAAUAUUGUGAUGGCCAUGAUUUAGAUUUUUACCUCAAGCAGCAUAAGACUAUACCUGAGAGAGAAGCGAGAUCUAUCGUUAUGCAAGUCGUAUCGGCAUUAAAGUACCUCAAUGAAAUAAAACCCCCAGUCAUACAUUAUGAUCUAAAACCAGGUAAUAUUCUAUUAACCGAAGGCAACGUCUGUGGUGAAAUAAAAAUCACAGACUUCGGUUUAAGUAAAGUCAUGGACGAAGAAAAUUACAAUCCAGAUCACGGAAUGGAUCUAACGUCCCAAGGAGCGGGUACUUAUUGGUAUCUACCUCCUGAAUGUUUUGUCAUUGGCAAGAAUCCUCCUAAAAUAUCGUCAAAGGUCGACGUUUGGAGCGUAGGAGUAAUAUUUUACCAAUGCCUAUACGGUAAAAAGCCUUUCGGUCACAACCAAUCCCAGGCCACGAUUUUAGAGGAGAAUACGAUAUUAAAGGCCACGGAAGUUCAGUUUGCGAAUAAACCGACCGUCAGCAACGAAGCAAAGAGUUUCAUAAGAAGUUGCCUAGCGUAUAGGAAAGAAGAACGUAUAGACGUACUGACACUAGCUAGACACGAAUACCUGCAACCCCCAGUGCCAAAACAUGGCCGCCAAGCGAACAGCCAGCAACAGCAGCAGCAACAACAGAUCCAGCAGCAACAGCAAAGUUCGUUCAACAUCGGCAUGUUUAGUGGUAUGAAUGCAUCGAGCAGUUCGUAGUGGAAAGGAAGAGGAACGAAGGACGAAAUAUCCUCGAUAUAUACCAAUACAUGCCAAAUCUUGAGCGCUCGGACUGUGCACACCAUCUCAUCUUAGGGAAAAAUAACGAUUGCUAUAACCAAUUGUAAAUACUAAAACCGGAUACCAUCUCACUACCACCACCACCAUCACCACUUACCACUGUCACUAUUAUCACAACUCCACCGCCACCAUCAUCACCACCACCACCACCACACCGUCACAACUAUACUUACAGGAUCAACUACAUAGGACAUUGCAAGAGAGAUGCGAGACUGGUCACCGCAAGUCCAGAAGCUUGCGUCUUUCUACAAACCACACCACAUUAUUCAGCAUGACAAAAAAACAAUGUUGUGUUCGUAAAUAUUCAAUUGUAUUAUCGUUCCUUGUAUCAAACAGUGCGCUGACUUUGAUGAUAGUGUUUAAAAGAAACGCGAGAGCGAGAGAGAACGAGCGAGCGAGCGUGCGAACGGGAAGAUAAACAUGUGAUAAGUCAUUAUGAGUUACAAGUGACGCCUAGAUUAAGGGGUAAGGGGGGAAAAAAUACACCGUAUGCAUGCGUGUAUGAGAGAGACUGCGCGUGUAAGAGAGAGAAAGAGAGAGAGAGCACGAGCGACAAAAAUAAAACCGAAUAAAACGACGGGAUUUUCCGGUGGAAGCAAAUCAAUUCGACGAGAUAAAAAAAGAGCAACGAAGGAUAAGAAGAUAAAAAUAAAUAAACCAAGAGAAAAGCAAUCGGAGCAAUCGCUUUCACGGAGACGACAUUCUUCUCUCCUGGCGUUUAGUAUGCGUGAGCGAACGCUAGAGGAUUGUUAAAAUUAGCGUGAGUGUAUAUAUUUAUACUAUAUAUAUAUAAAUAUAUAUAUAUAAAACUAAUAAAUCCGACAUAAUAUAUAUGGUGUAAAAAGGACGAUAAGCAUUGAGAGUGGGAAGACAACUGUGGUGGCUCUAUCCUCGCAUGACCUCCGGCGCUGGUUUCCGGCAUUCCAUGAAUGCUCGGCCCGCGCAUCACGUUACUUUAUUCGAAUAUUAACAUUAAUACCUGUAUCAUGAUUCUAAUAAUGAUUCACGAACAUGCGCAUUCACGCUCCACACAUGACAUACACACCAAGCACACGAGUACACGAAGGAGAUUUGGUUGGUUGUUCCUAUUCUGAGACGAGAGUGGGCUUUAUCUAUAAAUGCCGGAACGAUAGUCCGAUAGAGAGAGCGAUGUGAGAGUCACGUAGAGAGAAACAGAGGGAGAGAGAGAGAGAAAGAAAGAAAGAAAGAGAGAGAGAGAGAGAAUGAGCGAGAGAGAGAGCGAAAGUCGCGAUGUGCUCCCAAAGUGAAAAAGAACAUUAGGAUCGUAGUCCACCACCAUCAUCACCACUUGUAAAACCCGUUCUCACGCGUGUAUAGUUUAAAACCCCGUGACGAGAUUCGCUGUGACGAAGCGCGCCGUGCGUUACGUUUUUUUUCUUCUUAAUUCUUCCUCCUCUUUUCUUCUCAUUUCUCCCUUUCCGCUCUCCCGUUUCUCAAGAUGAAAAAAGGAGAGAGCGAGAGAGGGAACGGAUAUAAAUGUGUGUAUAGAGCGAGUUAUGCGCAAACGGCUAGGCGCAUUUCAUUAAUUAAGUAACAACGGAGAAAAGAUGAGAAAGAUAAAAAGAACGAGUAAAUUUCUAAGAUAAGAAAGCCGUGAAAAACGUUGUAUCGAUCCAAUCAUUAUUUCUUUACUCGUAAUUUGUUUUAUAUAUGUACGUUAUAUAUAGAUAAUUAUGAAAUAGAAGACUAAGUUAUUUUAUCAAGUGCCCUUGCUUUGUAUUAUAAUCGCGUCCGUCGAUCGAGCCGCAGCUUUUCUGGGAGUAAAAGAAAGAUAGAGAGAGAGAAAGAGAGAAAGCAAAAACGAAAGAACGCGUCAAGUGCGAACGAGAGGAGAGCCUGAGCGAAUGAGUGUGCGUGCGUGUUGUUAAAAAGUGUUGUGUCAAGUUGUUGGUACAACGUGGGCACCGGGUAUUGAUAAUACGAUUCGAUACCAUUAAUGUGAUUGGCAAAAAAGUGUGGUGAGAAAGGAGAAUACAUUACAAGUCUGAACAGAGUCUACUACUAGAUCCGUCGCUUCAAUUUUGACAAAAAAAAAA